AUUGGGCAGCUUUACAGCGCGUUGCUGAAGGGCUGUCCAGGUUUGGUUUUACCUCCUGACGUGAACCACAAGAACGAGAAGAAUAUUUAUUGGGUCUACGGAGUCGAGCUGGAGGCCACAGUGGCCGCUGAUGCAGAGGAGGUUAUGCGGAGACUUGCAGAUGCCAAGGUUGGCACGAGACCAUUCUUUUGGCCGAUGCACGAGCAGCCGGUGUUUCUGCAGAAGGGCAUGUUCGAAGGUCUCACCUUCCCUGUGGCCGAGCGAAUUGCCAGAAGAGGUUUCUACAUACCGAGUGGCCUCGCAUUGACGGACGCGGAGGUCAAGGAGGUGGCGCGCCGAGUUCGAGUGGUUAUGGAGGGGUUGUCCAGCCCAAGCUGA